AUGGGGUCAUCGUUCCACCCCUGUCUUCCUCAGCCCCUAUGGGUUCAUCGUUCCACCCCUGUCUUCCUCAGCCCCUAUGGGUUCAUCGUUCCACCCCUGUCUUCCUCAGCCCCUAUGGGUUCAUCGUUCCACCCCUUGUCUUCCUCAGCCCCUAUGGGUUCAUCGUUCCACCCCUGUCUUCCUCAGCCCCUAUGGGUUCAUCGUUCCACCCCUGUCUUCCUCAGCCCCUAUGGGUUCAUCGGUCCACCCCCUGUCUUCCUCAGCCCCUAUGGGUUCAUCAUUCCACCCCCUGUCUUCCUCAGCCCCUAUUGGUUCAUCGGUCCACCCCCUGUCUUCCUCAGCCCCUAUGGGUUCAUCGUUCCACCCCCUGUCUUCCUCAGCCCCUAUGGGUUCAUCGUUCCACCCCCUGUCUUCCUCAGCCCCUAUGGGUUCAUCGGUCCACCCCCUGUCUUCCUCAGCCCCUAUGGGUUCAUCAUUCCAACCCCUGUCUUCCUCAGCCCCUAUGGGUUCAUCGUUCCACCCCCUGUCUUCCUCAGCCCCUAUGGGUUCAUCGGUCCACCCCCUGUCUUCCUCAGCCCCUAUGGGUUCAUCAUUCCACCCCCUGUCUUCCUCAGCCCCUAUGGGUUCAUCGGUCCACCCCCUGUCUUCCUCAGCCCCUAUGGGUUCAUCAUUCCACCCCUGUCUUCCUCAGCCCCUAUUGGUUCAUCGGUCCACCCCCUGUCUUCCUCAGCCCCUAUGGGUUUAUCGUUCCACCCCUGUCUUCCUCAGCCCCUAUGGGUUCAUCGUUCCACCCCUGUCUUCCUCAGCCCCUAUGGGUUCAUCGGUCCACCCCCUGUCUUCCUCAGCCCCUAUGGGUUCAUCAUUCCAACCCCUGUCUUCCUCAGCCCCUAUGGGGUUCCACCCCCUGUCUUCCUCAGCCCCUAUGGGUUCAUCGGUCCACCCCCUGUCUUCCUCAGCCCCUAUGGGUUCAUCAUUCCACCCCCUGUCUUCCUCAGCCCCUAUGGCCCCUAUGGGUUCAUCGUUCCACCCCCUGUCUUCCUCAGCCCCUAUGGGUUCAUCGUUCCACCCCUGUCUUCCUCAGCCUAG